GCCAUGGUGCUGGAGUCGGUGGUGGCCGACCUGCUGAACCGCUUCCUGGGCGACUACGUGGAGAACCUGAACAAGUCGCAGCUCAAGCUGGGCAUCUGGGGGGGUAAUGUGGCGCUUGACAACUUACUGAUAAAGGAGAAUGCGCUGAGUGAGUUGGAUGUUCCUUUUAGAGUAAAGGCUGGACAAAUAGAUAAGCUGACCUUGAAGAUCCCUUGGAAGAAUUUGUACGGCGAAGCAGUAGUUGCAACUCUAGAAGGCUUAUAUCUUCUUGUUGUUCCUGGGGCAAGUAUUAAAUAUGAUGCAGAAAAAGAAGAAAAGUAUCUCCAGGAUAAUAAGCAAAAGGAGCUAUCCAGAAUUGAGGAAGCCCUACAAAAAGCAGCAGAAAAGGGAGCUCACUCAGAUUUCAUACAUGGACUGGAGAACAUUGUAUACCAAGAUGUCACACCUGGACGUAAGUCUAAAAAGACUAAAAAGCAUUUUAAGAAACCAUUUAAAGGUCAUGGUCACUCAAAAGAUAAACCCAAGGAAGAGAAGAAAGAUACUUUUUUGGAAAAGCUUGCGACACAAGUGAUAAAAAAUGUACAAGUCAAAAUCACGGGCAUCCAUAUCAAGUAUGAGGAUGACAUCACAGAUCCUAGCCGGCCCCUUUCUUUAGGAAUGACACUGGGCGAACUUAGCUUACUGACUACUAAUGAAAACUGGACUCCUUGCAUUUUAAAUGAGGCUGCAAAGAUCAUAUACAAGUUUUUGCGGCUUGAUUCCCUCAGUGUCUACUGGAACGUGGAUAGUGAAAUGUAUUAUCAUGCUUCCCGGGAACAAAUAUUGGAGCGGUUGAAGAAAGGAGUCCCUUCUAUCAGCCAAGAGCUUCCAAAUGAUCAGUAUAUAUUUAAGCCAGUAUCGGCCUCUGCAAAGCUCUACAUUAACCCUCAUGCGGAGAUAGAACUUCAGACGCCCAAGAUUGAUUGGAGCAUGGAAGUCCAGAGCAUUGCUGUUGAACUGACUAAGCCACAGUACCUUAGUAUGAUUGACCUUCUGGAGUCCAUAGACUACAUGGUUCGAAAUGUCCCAUACAGAAAGUACAGACCGGAAGUACCGCUACAUAAGAAUGCCAAACUAUGGUGGAAAUACGCAGGAGACAGUAUUCUUGAGGUUCAUAUCAGACGAUACACUAACAUGUGGUCAUGGAGGAACGUAAAACAUCAUAGGCAGCUUCUAAAAAGUUACAAAAAUAUUUAUAAAAGUAAGCUGACACAGACCAAAGUAUCAGAAGAAACUCAGAAACAAAUGAAGGACUUAGAAAGAGAUCUCGAUGUUUUCAAUAUUGUUUUAGCGAGACAACAAGCGCAAACUGAGGUUAUAAGGUCAGGAGAGAAGCUGUUGAGAAAAAAGUCUGCAGAUGGUGAGAAAAAAGGUGGAGGAUGGUUUAGUGGACUGUGGGGUAAGAAGGAAUCUAAGAAAAAAGAUGAAGAAGAAUUGUCUGUUCCUGAAACUAUCGAUGACCUCAUGACACCGGAAGAGAAAGCAAAGCUUUUCACUGCCAUUGGUUAUAGUGACAGUUCUCACAACCUUACGUUACCCAAAAAGUACGUUGCCCAUGUGCUGUCCCUGAAACUGUUAAGCACUUCAUUUACAAUUAAAGAAGACAAAAAUGUUCCAGACACACUUAAAAUCCAGAUAAUUGACCUAAGCACUAAAAUAUCACAGCGACCAGGAGCACAAGCCCUUAAGGUAGAAGCAAAGCUUGAGCAUUGGUACGUAACGGGUCUGAGACAACAGAACGUUGUACCUUCUCUCGUGGCUUCGAUUGGGAAUGCCAAAUCAUCUCUGCUUCAGAUAGAAUACGAGACCAACCCGGAGGACAGCACAGCUGAUCAGAGAUUCUUCGUUCAAUCACAGCCCGUGGAAAUUAUAUAUGAUGCAAAAACGAUAAACGCAAUGGUGGAAUUCUUCCAGACAAACAGGGGCAUGGACCUGGAACGCUUAACCACAGCCACUCUGUCGAAGCUAGAAGAAAUUAAAGAGAGGACUGCUACAGGUCUUACGCAUAUUAUUGAAACUCGAAAAGUCCUUGACUUGAGGAUUAAUCUGAAACCUUCCUAUCUUCUGGUUCCACAGACAGGCUUCCACUAUGAAAAGUCUAACCUUCUCAUUUUGGAUUUUGGUACUUUUCAGCUGAACAGCAUCCAUCAAGGCAAUCACCAUACAUCCAGCACAUCGCUGGAAGAGAUUAUGGACAAAGCAUAUGACAAGUUUGAUGUCGAAAUCAAGAACGUGCAGCUACUCUUUGGCAGAUCAGGCGAAGACUGGAAAAAGGCACGGUUUGGGCAUCCGUCGACUCUGCACGUAUUGCAGCCCAUGGAUAUACAUGUACAGCUUGCCAAAUCAAUGGUGGAGAAGGAUAUUAGAAUGGCUAAGUUCAAAGUAUCAGGAGAGCUUCCUUUGGUACAUCUAAGAAUUUCUGAUCAGAAGAUCAAAGGUGUCUUAGAACUCAUUGAUAGCAUCCCACUGCCACAGAAGUCAGCUGUUUCAGCUUCAAGUUCAAAAGCACCUGCUAUUCCUGUUCUGGCUGAUACAACAAAAGGCUUUCUUGGUACAUCUUUAUUGCUUGAAGGAGUACCAUCAGAAUCUGAAGAUGAGUAUUUUGAUGCUGAUGAUUAUACCCAUCCAAGGGAAAUGGUUUCCACUAAAGGAAGGGAGCUAAAGACUGAGAUUGGGACUGUUGAGGAAGAACUCACAGAUCUUCAAUUGAAAUUUGAAAUUAGGGAGGUGAUCUUGGAACUCACCAAGCAACUACAGAGAGAGGAAACUAUAAUUGUAUUUAACGUAAAGCAGCUUGGAAUGGAAGCAACUGUUAGAACGUACGACUUGAAAGCUGUAUCUUAUUUGAGGAAAAUUAGCUUGGAUUAUCAUGAAAUCCAAGGUAAAAAACAACAGCUUCAUUUAAUUAGCUCUUCAGAUAAACCUGGAUUAGACCUCUUGAAAGUAGAAUAUACCAAGGCUAAUACAAAUGGUCCAAACUUUCAGACAGUUUUUGAGAACACUGAGCAAACAAUUCAGGUGGCUUUUUCAUCCUUAAACUUGCUGCUGCACACCCAGGCCCUUCUCUCAACUAUCAAUUACUUCAUGGCUGUCAUCCCAACACAGGGCCAAGGUGCUACAGAUGCAGGGUCUUCACAAAAACUGGAAGAGAAACAGAAUAAAGAGUCUGGUUUGAAGAAAGUGAUGAAACCCUGCAAAAACAAGGAUGUGUUUCAUUUCAAAUUAUUUGCCAAGUUGGAUGCCUUCUUCUUAAAUGUUUGUGACGAGAAGAACAACAUUGCUGAAAUCAAAAUUCAAGGUCUUGACUCAUCUCUGUUUCUUCAGUCCAGUCAAACCACCCUCUUUGCACGGCUGAAAGACAUCAUUGUUACAGAUGUUGAUUCGAGGACAAUUCAUAAAAAGGCUGUCUCUAUAGUAGGUGAUGAAGUCUUCAGUUUCAACCUGGCAUUGUAUCCAGAUGCUACUGAGGGAGAAGCCUACACCGAUAUGUCCAAAGUGGAUGGGAUAGUGUCCCUCAAAGUGGGCUGCAUUCAAAUUAUAUAUCUACAUAAAUUCCUCAUGUCACUCCUGAAUUUUCUGAAUAGCUUCCAAAUUGCCAAAGAGGCCUUAAGUGCAGCUACAGUGCAAGCUGCAGAAAAGGCAGCAACGAGCGUGAGAGAUUUGGCUCAGAGGAGCUUUCGUCUUUCCAUGGAUAUUAAUCUGAAGGCUCCAGUUAUCCUCAUCCCUCAGUCGUCAGUUUCUUCUAAUGCUGUAGUCAUCGACCUCGGAUUAAUCAAGAUACAAAACAAAUUCAGUUUGGUGCUGGCUGAGGACUGUCCACUACCUCCGGUCAUGGAUAAAAUGGAUGUACAGUUGACACGGCUUAAGAUGUCGAGGACAAUCUUGCAGCCAGGUUUUUCGCAGCCUGACAUUCAAAUUCUCCAUCCUAUUAACCUGAACCUUUCUGUGAAUCGCAACCUAGCUGGAACAUGGUAUCACAAAAUACCAGUGAUGGAAAUCAAAGGGCAUCUUGAUACAAUGAAUAUUAUCCUAAAUCAAGAGGACUUGAAUGUUCUACUUAAAGUAGUGACAGAAAACCUUGCUGAAGCAGAUGAAAAUAGAAAUGGUUCAAAGCCAAUAGCACAAAUUGAAGGUGACACAAGAGAAAUGACAGUGCCUCUGGGAGUUCAGAAAAGUAUCCCAUCAGAAGGUACCUUAUUGGGCACAUCAAAAGAAGCCUUAAAAGAAGAUAUUACCAAUAUGCUGCUUAACUUUGAAAUCAAACAGGUUGUAGUGACAUUAAAGAAACAGGUUGAAAAGCAAUGUGUCCCCUUGCAUAUGCUAACAGUGCUGCAGCUUGGAACAGAAAGCAGAAUUAAAACGCAUGAUAUGACGGCUACAGCAUAUCUAAAAAAAAUUGAAAUGAAGUGCCUUGAAUUCACAGAUUCUAAAGGAGCUCCGCUGAAUAUUAUUAGCUCUUCCGAUGAAUCUGGCGAGCAUCUUUUAAAGAUGGAAUAUAUAAAGGCUGAUGCAGAUGGACCACAUUUUGAAAAGAUUUACAGAUGUACAAAACAAGCACUCAGUGUAUCCUUUUCUUCAUUAGACCUGUUGCUACACACAGAAGCCUUGCUUUCCAUCAUGAAUUUUUUCACGUAUGCCUCAAGUGGUCUUACAACUCCUGAUAAGGGAACUGGUGUAAAACUGCUAUCGGAGGAGCCCAAAACCACCCUUGCAAAGCCAGUUCCUGUUCCAGCAGCCCAGGACAAUGUGUUUGACUUGAAGCUCACUGCUGAAUUGAGUGCCUUCAACAUACUGGUCUGUGAUCAGAAGGGUAACAUUGCUGAUAUCCGAAUACAGGGUAUGGAGGCAUCUGUUUUUACAAAGGCAAAAGAAACAGAAGUUUUUGCCAGGCUUCAGGACUUCAUAAUAACAAAUGUGGAUCCACAGACGGUUCAUAAAAAGACUGUCUCGAUAGUGGGAGAUGAAGUCUUCCGGUUUGCAAUGUCACUUUAUCCAGAUGCUACAGAGGGAGAAGCUUACAUGGAUAUGUCCAAGGUAGAUGGUAAAAUGUCCCUGAAGGUGGGCUGCAUUCAGAUCGUUUAUCUGCAUAAAUUCUUCAUGUCACUACUGAAUUUCCUAAACAACUUCCAAACUGCAAAAGAAGCCCUGAGCGCUGCCACUGCCCAGGCUGCAGAAAAGGCUGCUUCCAGUAUGAAGGAUUUUGCUCAAAAGAGCUUUCGCCUUUCAAUGGACAUCAACCUGAAAGCUCCGGUCAUAGUCAUUCCUCAGUCAUCAGUGUCCUACAACGUAUUGGUAGCAGAUCUCGGUUUAAUCCGAGUCCAGAAUGAAUUUAGCCUGGUCCCUGGAAAAGCGUCUUUUAAUCCUCCUGUGAUUGACAAAAUGGAUGUCCAGCUAACUCAUUUAAAGAUCUCAAGGGCCAUAAUAGCCAGUGGUUCCCAGCCAGACAUUGAAAUUUUGCAGCCGGUAAAUCUGCGUUUGUCAGUCCAGAGAAAUUUAGCUGCAGCGUGGUAUCUACAAAUCCCGGGGAUUGCAAUCGAAGGAGACUUAAAGACUAUGCAGAUCUCCCUCUGUCAAGAUGACUUAACGCUGCUCAUGAAAAUUUUGCUGGAAAAUCUUGGUGAAGCUGACCCGAGUUCAAGGGUUACACAGUCAACUUUACCAGAAGCUCAGACGUUCCAAAAGGGCAAAAGUGAAACUAAUGCUGAUCUUGAUGAAGGUACUCUUAUGACUUCAGGGGAGGAAGAUAUUUCUGAAGCUCCGUCUAAUGAAAAUGUGACCCUUAAGUUUCACUUUAACUUUGAAUCACUUUCCAUCGUUCUCUACAAUACGGAUGUUGAUCAGAAAUCUCAGCUUUCACUUCACAAUAAAAAUUUACGCCUUGGAGAACUCAGGCUGCAUCUUAUGAUGUCAUCAGGGCAGAUGUUUUCAAACGGCUCUAUAGAUAUUAAUACUAAACUGAAAACGUGUACGCUGGACGAUCUGAGAGAAGGGAUCCAGAAAGCAACCCCAAGAAUGAUAGAUAAGAAAGACGGUGAAGUUGAUAGUGUCAUGAUUGACAUCAACUACAAGCAAGAUAAAAACAGUAGUGAAGUUGUUUCAAUCCUGGACAAACUAUAUUUGUGUGCCAGUGUGGAGUUCCUAUUGACGGUAGCAGAUUUCUUUGUGAAAGCAAUGCCAGCAGCCUCAGCCGAAGCAUCUACUCAGUUUCAGUUAAAGUAUGCCACCCAAGGGAAACAAAGGCCAGAGAAAGAUGGAACUCUCCGGCCUAACAUGACAGUGAUUGCACGGAUCAUGGAUCCAGAAAUUGUGUUUGUUGCCAACUUGACAAAGGCAGAUGCUCCUGCCUUAGCGGCUUCAUUCCAGUGUGAUUUCAGCUUGUCAACUAGCCCUCUUGCUCAGCGGAUGACUGCUCAAGUUCUUGAUCUUAAAGUGCUGGCUUGCCCUUUCCUCCGAGAGAAAGGAGAGAAGAAUAUCACAACAGUUGUACAACCUUGUUCUUUAACGAUGGAAGCGAUGCUGCAUACUUCAGGAAUGAAGAGUGGGGCAGUGAUAAUAGAUGAAAUUAUUGUGAAGAUUUCACCAAUAAUUCUCAAUACUGUAAUGACUAUCAUGGCUGCCAUGAAGUCAAAGAAAAAGGAUGAAGAAUCGGAAGGAGCUGCCUGCAAUACCGAGAAUCUCUGGAGCAUCCAGUCCAUUGACCAGUCUCAGUACUGGUUUCUUGGUUUUGACAUGGCCACCGAAGCCACUGAGACAUCCCAAGAAAGCGAGCAGGGUGGAAAAAAGGAAAAUUUUGAUGUUGAAGUGAAAUCUGUUCAGAUCACCCUGGAGUGUGGGUUGGGCCAUCGCACUGUUCCCUUACUGCUAGCAGAAUCUUCAUUUUCAGGAACGGUGAAAAACUGGUCUUCUCUCAUGGCUGCUAGUGCUGAUAUGACACUUGAGGUUCACUAUUACAACGAAACCUAUGCAGUUUGGGAGCCUCUUAUUGAGCGUGUUGAUAGUGAAAGACGUCAGUGGAACUUAAAGUUAGAAAUGAAUGCGAACCCUGUGCAAGAUAAAGGAUUGUUGCCCGGAGAUGACUUCAUUGUUUUACCGGAACCACAAAGUGUCAUAAAUAUCUCUUCAAGAGAUACCAUGAAUAUAACAAUAUCCAAAUGCUCUCUUGCGGUCUUCAGCAAUCUAGCCAAGGGUUUUUCGGAAGGAGCUGCCUCCACUUACAACUAUGCUUUAAAAGACCGGGCUCCGUUCACAGUGAAAAAUGCUUUGGGCAUUCCUGUCAAAGUUCAUACAUGCAGAAAUCUCCAGGUUGUUGGAUUUGCUACGAGUGACGACAUCCAUGAUGUAGGAAUUGGUCAGAACUUGGAAUUGGAUUAUUUCACACUGCAGUCCCAGCACAAAAAAAAGUUAUCUGCCUUGUGUCGUCAAGAGAGUUCCCUCUUCACUUUGACCUUUGGGCCUGAAGGAUACACGGAGGUGGCCAAUAUUCCCAUAGCAAAACCAGGCAGAAGACUGCACAAUGUCAGAAAUCCCUGCAGCGAUCACUCAGAUUCUGUUCUAGUUCAGAUAGAUGCAGAAGAAGGAAAUAAAGUUAUUACCAUACGCUCUCCCCUGCAGAUUAAGAACCACUUCUCUGUUCCAUUUAUAAUUUACAAAUUGGUUAGGGAUGUUAAACUGUUGGAGCCUAUAGGUGUGUCUAAACCUGAAGAAGAAUUCCAUGUUCCAUUAAAUUCGUAUAGGUGUCAGCUAUUUGUCCAGCCGACUGGGCUCUUAAAUGGCCAAUAUGAACCCUCGACAACCUACAUAUCCUGGAGAGAAGAGUUGCAUAGGAGCAAUGAAGUCAAGUGUGUGUUACGGUGCCCAUCGACUGAAGCCAAUUUUUUGCCUCUCAUAUUGAACACCACCGCUGUGCCUGAUGAGCUAAGCUUCAUUGCGACCCACGGCGAGAACUGGGAUCCAGCCUACAUUAUACAUCUCCACCCUACACUCACUAUGCGGAAUCUUCUACCGUACUCUUUACGCUAUCUGCUUGAGGGAACAGCAGAGGCCCAUGAGCUGCCAGAAGGGAGCGCUGCCGAUGUUCUUCAUUCACGAAUCAGUGGUGAAAUCAUGGAGCUCGUCCUGAUCAAGUAUCAGGGUAAAAACUGGAAUGGACACUUAAGACUCAACAAUUCAAUGCCGGAGUUUUUCCCUGUGUGCUUCACGGCAGAUACUGCAGCCACGACAACAGUGGACAUCUACAUCCACGUUAGGAAAAUCAGCAGUCGCGUGGUCCUGUCGGUGUAUAGUCCUUACUGGAUCAUCAAUAAAACUUCCCGUGUGCUCCAGUACCGUGCUGAAGAUGUCCACGUAAAACACCCAGCAGAUUACAGAGAUAUUGUCUUGUUCUCCUUCAAGAAAAAGAACAUUUUCAGUAAAAAUAAGAUCCAGUUAAGCAUCUCAACCAGUACAUGGUCUAAUAGUUUCUCUCUGGAUACCGUAGGAAGUUACGGAUGUGUGAAGUGCCCGGCCAAUUCCAUGGAUUUUCUGGUUGGCGUUAGUAUUAAAAUGAGCAGCUUCAAUCUCACACGGAUAGUUACGUUGACUCCCUUCUACACCAUAGCAAACAAAUCUUCCUUGGAGCUGGAAGUGGGUGAAGUGGGAGCGGAUGGUUCGCUUCCGACCAAUAAACUGAGUUAUUUCUCAUCUUCAGAGUGUCUUCCAUUUUGGCCAGAAAAUUUGUCUGGCAAACUUUGCGUCAAGGUGAUUGGCUGUGACCGCUUCUCCAAACCAUUUUUCUACAACCAACAGGACAAUGGGACUUUGUUGAGCCUGGAAGAACUGAACACUGGCAUCCUAGUAGACGUGAACGUGUCUGAACAUUCUACAGUUAUUACCUUCUCCAAUUACCAUGAGGGGGCUGCACCAGCUUUGAUCAUUAAUCAUACUCCAUGGGUUGCUCUUAAAUAUAAGCAAAGUGGCUCACAGGAAGAGAGGGAAUUAAAACCAAGGGAAGUGAGGCUAUUUUCAUGGGCAGACCCCACUGGAAUAAGAAAACUAACUUGGGCAUAUGCACAAAAUAUUGGCGAACACGAUCUUCUUAAGGACGAGUGUGGUCAGUUUCCUUACAACUCCAACACACAAAUCCAUUGGGUCUCAUUCUUGGAUGGUCGCCAAAGGGUGCUGCUGUUCACAGAUGACGUUGCAUUGGUUUCCAAAGCACGGGAAGCAGAGGAGAUGGAGCAACCUGAUCAAGAAAUCCGUGUUGCUCUGCACAGCCUUGGCCUUUCCUUGGUCAACAAUGAAAGCAAGCAGGAAAUCUCUUACAUAGGGAUCACCAGUUCAGGCAUUGUCUGGGAAUUAAAACCAAAGCAGAAGUGGAAGCCGUUUAACCAAAAGCAGAUAAACCUCUUGGAACAGACUUAUCAGAAACAUCUUUCUGAACGAGGUGUGGAAACUUCUGGUUGGAUUAAAAUAGACAACAACUUUGAGGUAAACUUCAAUAAGACACCAAUGGAAAUGCGCCUUCCAAUCAGAUGCUACAUCAAGCGAGACUUUUUAUCAGGCAUUGAAAUUGAAUUCAAACAGUCACGUCACCAACAAAGCUUACGGGCCAAGUUAUACUGGCUUCAGGUUGAUAACCAGCUACCUGGUUCAGUGUUCCCUGUGGUGUUUCAUCCUGUCGCUCCUCCCAAAUCCAUCGCAAUGGAUUCUGAACCAAAGCCAUUCAUCGAUGUUAGCGUCAUCAUUCGAUUUAAUGAGUACAGUAAAGUGUUGCAGUUCAAGUAUUCCAUGGUUCUCAUCCAGGAGAUGGCCUUGAAAAUAGAUCAAGGCUUUCUAGGAGCUGUCAUUGGACUCUUCACUCCACCUACAGAUCCAGAAGCUGAAAAACAAAGGAUGAAGUUAAUACAAAAGGAUGUGGAUGCUCUUAACACAGAGUUGAUGGAGUCGUCUUUGACUGAUAUUUCCCCUCUCAGCUUCUUUGAGCACUUCCAUAUUUCUCCACUGAAGCUGCAUUUGAGCCUUUCUUUGGGCUCUGGUGGGGAAGCAUCUGAAAAUGGCAGCGGAGAAAUGAUAGCAAUCAAUUCUGUGAAUCUGCUACUGAAGAGCAUUGGGGCCACUCUUACGGAUGUGGAUGACCUGAUAUUCAAACUUGCUUUCUUCGAAAUUAAGUAUCAGUUUUACAGAAGAGAUGAGUUAAUAUGGAGAGUCAUCGGCCAUUACAGAAAUCAAUUCCUGAAGCAGAUGUACGUUCUUGUGCUGGGUUUAGAUGUCCUGGGUAAUCCCUUUGGCUUAAUCAGAGGCCUGUCGGUGGGUGUGGAGGCAUUCUUCUAUGAGCCUUUUCAGGGAGCUGUUCAAGGUCCUGAAGAGUUUGCUGAAGGCUUAGUAAUUGGUGUAAGAAGUCUGCUUGGCCACACAGUGGGUGGAGCAGCAGGCGUGGUAUCCCGGAUCACUGGCUCUGUUGGAAAAGGUUUGGCAGCCAUUACUAUGGAUAAAGAGUACCAGCAGAAGAGAAGAGAGGAGAUGGGACGCCAGCCCAAAGAUUUUGGGGACAGUCUUGCCAAAGGAGGGAAAGGCUUUCUACGGGGGGUUGUUGGUGGAGUGACUGGAAUCAUCACAAAACCUGUAGAAGGUGCCAAAAAGGAAGGUGCGGCUGGCUUCUUCAAAGGAAUCGGGAAGGGGCUGGUGGGUGUCGUGGCUCGUCCUACAGGUGGGAUCGUGGACAUGGCGAGCAGCACGUUCCAGGGGAUCCAGAGGGUGGCAGAAUCGACGGAAGAAGUGUCAGCUCUCCGCCCUCCCCGUCCCAUUCGUGAAGAUGGCAUCAUUCGGCCCUAUGACAGAGGGGAAGCCGAGGGUUACGACUUAUUUGAGAACUCUCAUAUCAAGAAGCUGCCUGGAGAGAGUUUCCAAUACCACUGUGCUGUUCCAGAAGGCAGAAAGGCACACAUUGUAGUAACCAACAGAAGAGUCAUGUUAAUCAAGGAGGUGGAGAUUCUAGGGCAUGUAACGACAGACUGGGAUUAUUUAUAUGAAAAUUUUACGCGCCCACCAACUGUGGAUGAAAACGUACUGCGAAUCUUCAUUAAGGACCAAGGGCUGUUAACAUUCCACCGAAGAGAGGGGUCAGUGCAAGAGUGUGUAAAGCAAAUCCGUCUCGGGAAUUCUUCUUCAGCAAUGGAGAUUUGCCAUGCCAUUGAUGAAGCUAAAGCAACAAGACAUCAGCAGAAGUUGGUGAAACAAGCAUCUCUAAAAUUAAGCAGCCCACAGCAGCAGCAUUAGCUCUGGUGGCCUUUGAAUUUCCAGAAGCCAUAUGAAUUCAUGGUGCUCCACAGUUUUUGUAUAGCUCUUUAUAUCAAUCUUCACCUGAAAAUUAUUUCUUUACCACAAUAUUUUCAUAAAACAAUAUGUAAAAUUGUUUUACAUAUUGUUUAUGUAAAUAAUAAACUCUGCAAUACAGAUAACAGGAGAAGGAAGAUUUUACAAUUCCUUCUGCUUUACUUUUCAAUCUCCCUAAAAAUUGCCCAAAAUAAUUUCUGCUGCAGCAGGAAAUAAAUUUUAAGUCAGCGUUGGUUUGAAUAAAUGAACGAAACCAUCCUCCACUCAAAUCUGCUUGGAAUGUGUGGAGAUAGGUUUUUAAUAGAGAAAAUCCAUGUCUAGCUGACAAUUCAGUGAGUUAAUGGAGUGUUGCAUAAUAGUAAAAUCAAAGUUAAAAGAAUGCACAUCUGCACUAGUGAUGAUACCUUAUUCAUGUCAGUCUUUAGUUAAAUUCAUUUUAGAUAUAUUUAGGUUAAUAUAAUAUAUACAAAUGUAUAUUUAGUUUAAGAUUUUUUGUUUCAAAAUAUAUCACUGUUUGAGGCACAAAGUUUUCAAUUGGUGUUCUGGCUGAUAUAAUAAAUUGGGUUAAGGUUUAAGGUGCGAUCCUAUGCAUGUUUAGGGAGAAAAAAAUCCUGGGAGUCGUAGGACUUUUUCCUGUCUAAAGAUGCAUAGGAUUGCGCCCUUUGGGUCAUAGUGGACUUCACACAACGAAAUGUAGGAUUGUUGAAAGCGUAAGUGAAACUACUCACACUGACUAUCAUUGAUGGGUAAAACCAUUCUCACUGUCCCAGCACUUGAAUCUUUCGCUGAAUUUUGGGCUGCACUUCGAGAAGACACAUGUGCGGGCAGAGAAGCUGUGCACUAACUCAUUUGGAGUCCUCUGUUUACAAGAGCCGGUGUGCACUUUCACAGCUGGGGUGUCCUUAAGCAUGCCUUGUUUCCAGGCUAGAUAGUAAAUCACGAACCACAGCUGUCAGAUUUUUGCUUCACAAAUGAAGGGAUCUGUAUCUAAAACUUUAUAUUUCUUACGUUUGGCUUCUUUAUUUUUCUGUAACGUUAAUUCUUGGCUUUGCCUUUGCAAACAUUUUUGUUCGGCGUGGCACUCUUUUCUCUUCCUUCGCUUCACUGUUGCUUAGUUAGUAAUAUGCUUAGCAUUAAUGUGGCCAAAACUAUGCUGACCACGUUUGUGGUUUGCGUGUGCUCAUGUUAAAUGACAGAAGAAUAAAUCUAUCAAUCAACGAUGAAGGGGUCUUAAGCAAAGACGAUUCAGAUCUAAUGUAUAUCUGCCUCUUGCAUAAAUCAGGUGCUCUUCUGUGACUUCAUACCAAAUCACGAGAAUAGUGUUAUUUAUGUUAGUAAAAGAUGGCUACAUAAGCUGCAAGUGUGUGGCCCCAUGUAUGGAUUUUUUUUUUUAAGGAAACACCCUUUUGGGGUAACUUUACUUUUAGGGUGAAUCCCUACAUAGCAGUACACUGUUACCUAGGUCAGUAAAAGCCAGCAUAACCCCAUGUUCCUUAGUAGAUCUCAAACCUAGCCAGGAAGUAUGUUUUGGCUAUGCGUCACAUAAAAUGUAUUUUUUGAUGUGUUUCUUUACUUUUGUAACAUGUAUAAUACUACCAAAUAAAAAACGAUUUUAUAUGCA